UAUGACAAGGACAUAUGGAUAUGGAAAUGUUAGCAUAAAUAUCUUCCUAAUGGUUGAUAGACCCAACUAUUUGAAAAAUAGAAUAUCAACUUUAGCAGCUUAUUCCCCAUUUAGUAAUUGUUUUGAUAAGGAUAACCUAAAGACAAGGUAUACGGUUUUGGUUCAUUCUUCAAAGAAUUGGUCUUCCGUAGAAUCGAUGAAAUAUAUUAAAACUAAACUGUUAUCUUCCACAUCUUUGGAUGAAGCUAAUAUUAUUAUUGGAUUACCUAUAAGUGGAACAGCUUAUCGUUUGACACCUCUAUUUAAAUAUCUACAAAUCCCUUUUGUAUCUAUCGCUCCAGGAACUGUAGGCUUGUACGAAAGGGAUUUUAUUAAGAUUGGUCCUACGAUACCGUACUUUUUUACAGUUUUUAUGAGAUUUAUGAAAGAUAUAGGCUGGAAUCGUUUCUCUUUAUUCGAAGAUAAAGAGUUGUGCGAGCAGAGUAACUAUAACAACGACGACAAAGAAUUAAGAAGAUUCUAUAAGAAAGGAUUAAUACUAAUCCAUAGAGAUGUCGUUGAUAAAUCGAAGAAUAGUGUGAACCUAUUAAAAAAAACCUUAAAUUCUAUUAAAAAGGAUUGCCGAAUGAUUUUAAUUUGUGGAGGUUCUAGACUACUCUAUCAAGUUUUAAGGGCGUCUACAGCAGUUAAAGAUAAUCAUUUUACCUUUAUACACCUAAAUUUAAUGGGCGAAGGGAUUAAACCAAUUUCUGGAAUUGAUUUAAGGAAAAUUUUAAUUAUUAAUUGGUCAUUUAAUAAGGUCUAUUCAAUCAACAACGAACGUCACGAUAGAGGGAAUAUACUCUCUUCUCAAUAUGACAAUAAUCCCCAAAUUAAUCUCCCUUUAUCAAAUUCACUCUAUCAAGCUUCCGAUUUUAUUUGUCAGCUAAUGAAAAUUGCCGACGACUUGAACAGUUUAAGGAAUUCAAAAUUAUUUUCUAGGUUAUCCGCUAGAGGGCCAACAAGUUACAAUCUUGUCGAUUCUAUUAGGGUAAUCAAAAAAUUUCAAAUGUUAAGAUUUUAUGAAAAGGACGAUAUUAAGGCGGAAGAGUAUCAGAUAUUUACAUAUGAUCAAUUAAGGAAUACGUAUAAAAUUAGUCCUACAAAGAAGAAAGGAUUUAAGGAAUGGAAUGCCUCUCUUCCGUCUCCCUCUUGUAUACAUGAUUGGGAAAUGGGCGGGUGUAUUUCGAAUAAGGAUAAAUCAUCAUUUUUUUCCUUUUUAGUUGGAAUUAUUUUGGGUAUUUGUAUUCUGAUUUUCCUACUUAGGAGUCGAAUCAUCCUAUGGAUUUUUGAAAGAAUUCCCAAAUCGACUGGAAAAGAUGACCCACCUUGGAAAAUUGACUCCGUAAAUCUUAUACAAGCGGAUAUAUUAAAUGCCGACGAGUUAAAUGAAAUGGAAGAAAAUCGGGAGAUGGUUUCCAUAGGGGCAAGGUUACGUAGACUAUUAGCAAUUAUAAUGGGACGUGGGGAGGAGCAAGAAUCGGAUACAUAUGAUAAAAAUAUGGGUACUUCCGCCAGUACUAUAUUCGGCGCUUCCAUGUCAAUGAUUUUCUACGAUACGAAAAGAGAAAGCCUAAAAUGGUCCAACUAUUCAAAUUAUUAUUUUUAUCAAACGAAGAAUCUAUGGGUGACGGCAGACACUAUUCAUGGAGUAAGUUCCAUGUCCAUAAUUGAAAAUAAUUGGGUUGAGAACGACUUAAUUCGCGUAAGACACAAUAAUUUGGCAACGUUCUACGGCAUAAGUUCAGUAUCUGGUGACGCCUGCGCAAUAUACGAAUUCUGUCAGAAGGGACGUCUCAGUACAAUCUUAGAAUAUAAAAUUAUUGAUGCUCAUUUAAAAUUGUCCUUUUUACGUAAUCUUGUACAAGGUUUAGGCUAUUUACAUUCGACUGAUCUGAUUUGCCACGGAAGGCUGUCGAGUCAUUGUUGUCUUGUAGACCUACAAUGGAAUAUUCGAAUUAGCGACUACGGUUUGGAGGAGGCUAGGUCAAGAUCUACAAUUUGCGAAUUUGAUUAUAGGGUUUGGAGAGCUCCCGAAUUACUUAGGUCGUUGGAGACGGGCAACGGAACUCAGGCGGGAGAUAUUUAUAGCUUUGGUAUCAUCUGCCAAGAAGUUGCGUUUUGCGCUAAACCUUUCUUCGGGAUGCUUACCGAUGAAGAAAUUGUUAGAAAGGUGGCGGAUAGGAAAAGAUACCUUUGCAGACCGGAAAUUGCUAGGUAUCAUCUACAAGAAGACACUCCGUACAGUCUUUUGGGAAUAAUGAGAAGGUGCUGGAGAGAGAAGAAGAAUAGAAGACCAAAAGUUGCUGAAUUGAAAGAGACAUUAGAUAUGAUUAGCGGAACGAAAUCAACCGCCGAGUCAAUUGAAAAUAUGCAAAGGUAUAACGAACUGCUGGAAACCGUAGUAGAACAACGCAUGAAAGAUUUAGAAGAAGGGAAAUCGAGAACAAAAUUACUAUUGUCCCGUAUGAUGCCGUCGGCCUGUGUCGAGAGGCUUUUGAGCGAAGAUGACGUCCCCCCUGAAUAUUUCAGUUCGGCUACAAUAUGUUUCGUGAAUAUAAGCAAUUUCUCAGCUUUAAACGCCAGAGUAAGACAUCCGGCAGAUUUGAUAGAACUGUUGGAUAUCAUCUUUGACAUACUCGACGAGGUAACGAGUCGUCACAAAGUCUACCACGUUGAUACAAUUCGACAGAUGCAUUUGUAUGUUAGUGGUCUACCACAGAGAACGGAUCGUCAUGCAUCCAUUGCUGCCGAUACAGCCAUUGAUUUGCUAUUAUGGUUUCAGGCCGCUUCAAUGACACAAUUAAAUGGAGCUAGAGCCGAGUUGCGUAUAGGAAUUAGUACCGGUCCUUGCAUAGCGGCCUUAGUUGGUAGCGAGAGAAGAUUCUAUACCAUUUAUGGUGAUACGGUCAAUUUAGCGUCUAGAAUGGAAUCUACGGGUGAAGCGUCAAAAGCUCAUAUAAGUUCAACUACUGCAGAGGCUCUAAUGGAAGCUAAAAAUGCGUCUGAUUAUUCGAUAAUUAGUCGUGGUGCUACAGACGUUAAGGGUAAAGGCCCUAUUCAAACAUUUUGGUUGAAUGCUUCCAAAAGUAGGCCUACGCCACAAUUUAUGAAAGACGCUUGCGAAUUGAUUAAAGAAAGACGAAAUUUUAAUAGGCAUAGCACAGCUAGUCCACCUUUGGCUUUCAAUCUGGAACUUACCCCCAGGGUCGGAAGGAAAUCUCAAAGACUUACUCUACUAAGGAAGAGAUUAUGUAACGCUUUCACGGAUUACUAGAAUUAAGAUCAUUAUUCCCUGUCACCUUUCUC